AUGCAGGAGGAAUCCUCCUGUGUCGUCGGUGACCAUGCCGUCGAUCAGGACGCACCCAAUUGGUAGGUUGUUACGUAAAAUAAAUGUGCCCCCCUUCCCCGGAAAGUAAUUCAAGAUAAGGUGAACCCCACACCUACCGACCGUAGCAUCACUCCAACAACGGAACGCUUUUCUUGCAGAAGGAUAAGCCCACGUUCGUCCGCCCGUCCGUCCUUCGUCGAUCAGCGAAACACGAACAAUGAAGUCCGCUUGAGUAAAAUAUUUCAUGUAUCAUCUGUGCAGUAUUACAUGUUGCCACUCAACACUGAAACCUGCAAUUUAGCCGCCCGUCAGAACGCUGCGAGCGCUGAGUGGAAGAACAACAAACGCGCACACAAAAAACACCAGACAACCCACCAAAAAAGAGAAACGAACCGCGUCGCCCGAGGCAAAAUCACUCGAUAACAACACGGUGCGGUGGCAAUCUAAUCUAACCUUGCCAAACAAUCUCCACGUCUGCCUGAAUCGACAUGCUUGAUUGUGAUGAAACCAAUGUCACCACGAGCACCAAAAACAGAAAUGCAACACCACCACAACAACACUGGUUGACUGGUUCCUCUCCUCUUCCCGUGGCUAUUAGCACAACGGGCGAAAGGGGGGGCCAAGACUAUCUUGGCAACAGUAGUCCCGUGGGGCGACCUCCCUUUCGCGCCACACAACGCAUGUGUGUAUGCCGUGCAAGCGUAGUAAGUGGUUCCUAACCCUCCUUCGGAUGAACAACAACAACUAACUGUCAUUUUAGACUAUACCACGAUGAACGCCACCAACACAAGCGACAGCACACACACAAAUGCAAGCAAGCCCCGUUUCGAUCCCUCAAAAAAAAAAAAACAGCAAGCGUCGUGUGAACGGCGUGGCGCAGCGAGGCACCCGGGACGCCGAGGCAUCUCGGCCUCGAUCUUCGAUUACUUCGUCCUACUUCUGAUUUGCCAUCGGGCGAGGGAAGCGGGGGGGCAUCAGCCAAAGCUGCGAGGUAAGCACACCUAUGACGUUUCAAAACGGCAACACAAAUCCAACAGAGUAGGCACAAGGUAGACAAGAGCUCCUGCUAUUUAGUACCUCUCGAAGAGAGAUGCAACCAUCACGCCAGCAGCCACCCCGCUGUCCAUAACCCCCUGCGCUCACAGCCCAAAAUACACGAACGAGAAAGCGUCUCCUAUUCAAACAUUGACGGAAAGCGAAGGGAAGCACGCAAAAUACAAGAUGAAUUCACCGCGCGCGAUCUCGAUUUUUACGGUCGUCGCGCUUGCGCUUUGGAUCUCGAGCACUGCCUCCUCCGCACAGCAGGUGCCACGCCGUCCGUCCCACACCGCCCUCGCGCCAUGCUUCGAGACGCUUUUCGAUUUCUUCCAAGUGCGUCAUCGUCGGCAUAGCAGCCCCCCCCCCCCCCCCACCCUGCCA